GUGCAGCGAGGACGCGUGUGAUUGGUUGAGCGUAUCUGUCCAUUAAUCUUAUUGGUCAUUAGAGCGUUCAUCGUUGACGUUGAUAUCCGGCAUUCCGCAAGAAAAUCAGAAGAAAGCCAGCUUUGGGCACGCGUUGGUGUGAGAUGAGAUCACCCUUACCGAACGGAUUAGAUUAGAAAUACUGGUCCAUUUAAUAACGUCACGCCUGUAUUAACACCGUCAGUCUUUGAUCUCGUUUAAUCAUGAAACACUGACCACAUGUUGUCAAGAUCGCACGGACCAGAGGCAGCUUUUGAGGGACUCUUGAUCUGGCUAAGUGGACUGAGUGAUCGGUUAAAGGGAAUCUCCUAUUCGACUCAUCUGAUACAGUGACUUCACCAGAUCAAAGCGUUCCUGCCUUCACCAACGCUUCCAGCAUCAGGACCUUCUAGUACAGGAUGAAUCACUUAUCUUUGAGUGAGUUAUGUUGCCUAUUCUGCUGUCCGCCGUGCCCGAGCAGAAUAGCUUCCAAGCUGGCCUUCCUUCCACCGGAGCCCACUUACACCCUGAUGUGUGAUGAGAGCGGCAGCCGCUGGACCCUCCAUCUUUCUCAGCGUGCGGAUUGGCAGUACUCUGUCCGGGAGAAGGACACCAUUGAGUGCUUCAUGACCCGGACAUCUAGAGGGAACCGAAUCGCUUGUAUGUUUGUGCGAUGUUCUCCCAACGCUCGCUACACCUUAUUGUUUUCCCAUGGUAAUGCUGUAGACUUGGGCCAGAUGAGUAGCUUCUACAUCGGCCUGGGGUCCCGCAUCAACUGUAACGUGUUCUCCUACGACUACUCGGGCUACGGGGCAAGCUCAGGGAAGCCUUCGGAGAAGAAUUUGUAUGCUGAUGUGGACGCUGCCUGGCAUGCACUACGAACAAGGUAUGGAAUCAGGCCAGAGAACGUGAUCAUUUAUGGCCAGAGCAUCGGUACGGUCCCUUCAGUAGAUCUGGCCUCUCGGUAUGAGAGCGCUGCUGUCAUCCUUCACUCCCCUCUGACCUCAGGCAUGCGGGUGGCUUUUCCUGAUACCAAGAAGACCUACUGCUUCGAUGCAUUCCCCAAGUGAGUCUCUCUUUUACCUUAGACUUGCCGUCUUUUCCUAUUUUCUCAUGUUUACCACAGUCACAUUCUUUCCCCUAAUUUGUAUAGUACCUCAUACCAAUUAGAGACAUACUGCUCGUUUCCACGUUUUGCUCUGAGCAGCCAUGUUGCGGAGAAGGCGCCUGGCUGGUUCAUCUGUUUUCUGCCCCUUUAGGCAUUGUUGUUAUUGUGUGCCCUCUAGUGACAAAUAUUUUCCAACAAGUAUUUCAGUGUUUGUUUGUUUUA